CUCACGAUGGUCAUAUUUUGGUGGCUGGCUCCCCGCGCUCUCCCAACUCGAUGAACUUCAAUUAAAAAAAAGGGUGGUGGGCGGCGCUUCGCUCCAUUCAGCGCAAUGCAGCACGGUAGACCGCCGCCAGUCAUGCAAGUAUUGUCACUCGCGCACAUCCCUUGUACGAAUUCCAACACGAGCUCCUCCACUUCCAAGCCUCGUCUCUGUUCAAGCUUUUGGUUUAAAGAGUCUUGUCCCUGCACUAUCCUUCAGCAACUCCAUUGAUCAUCGCCAUCAUGUCCGAAACUACUGGAACUGGUGAGAAAGUCCCCGCCACCGCUGCCUCUACCACCACCGACACCACUCCUUCCUCCGCCUUUAUCCCUACCGGCGACGCCGUCAACUUCGCUCUCUUUCCCAUCCAGAGUACGAUUGCCGCCGUCGACACCGCUGACAAGAACCCUGCAGCUCCCGCUGCUACUGCUGAGCAGAAGCAAAUCCACGACGAGGGCAUCGCUCACAUCAAUGCGAAGCUCGAUGAGACCAUAGUCCCCGCUGAUGCUACCGCUUCGACUUCCGCUGCUCUGCCUACUGAGCCACCGGCCAGCAACCCCGGUGCCGAGGACCCGUCUGGAGGCAUUUCCGCCGGCGCAGGCGGUGUGAGCGGCGCUGCCCACAAGGAUGUCCCCAACCCCAACACCACGGCCACCGGCGCUACCGGACCCAACAACGAGAAGCGCAAGUCCGUCAUCGGCACCUUCAAGGGCUUCCUCGGCCUCGACAAGAGAUCGAAGAGCAACACCGCUGCUGCGGAUGACACAUACGUUGGUGCGGCCACUGCCGCCGUGACCGCUGCCGCCGCAAGCGUCACAGCCACCGCCGCCGCCGCCACGGAGACCGUCCAGCAAUACACCGGAACCGCCGCGACCACCACCACCGAGGAGAAGAAGGACAUUGGCUACGAACCCUCCACCGCUGCCAACACCGAGCCCAUCGCCGCCGCCGGCACUACCGUCGCCGAGCCUGCAGCUCAGCCAACUGACAAGGUCACCGCGGAGGAGGUCGCCGAGUCUGCCGAUCCUACUUCCAAGAAGGCCGAUGCCGAGAAUGAGGUCAACACUGACGGCGCCGCCGACAAGCCCCCACAAGAAGCCUCCGGCAACCCAGCAACCCGCACAAACCCGGACGCCAUCCCCACCGCCGGCGGCAAGAAAGUUGGCGAGGACACCUGGGGCGAGAGCGAGGUGAUCCCGGAGGUCCCCGACGUCAAGGAAGAGGACGUCGCCGCCAACACCGCCGCCAACACCGGCUCCGCCACCGCCGGCCCGUCCGCCACCACCGCCGAAACCAAGACCGCCGAGGCGCAGCCCAAGGAGAAGGGCAAAUUCCUCCAGAAACUCAAGGAGAAGCUGCCCAUCGGCAAGAGCAAGAAGGCCGACAAAUAGAAACGCCACGCACCCACGCUCGCUCGCUCGCUCGCUCACCUGCAUUUCGCAGUUCUGCGCAGAGAAAAGAGAAUAAGCGGAAAUGAGAAAUGAGAUGGGAGACAUGUACAGCUGCGAGAGCUUGGCAUAUUUGUCUUUCGCUCUGUGUCUGUUUGUUCUCCAUGACUUUCUUCCUCCCUCUCUUUCUCCGCCGCUGCAUGCGUGAAAAAGCCGAGCUGAGCCGAAAGGUGUCCUUGCGGUUCUGGAAAACGAGACAGACGUUCUCUAUGUCGGUUUGCUGCCGGCAAGCCUC